GUAGGUUAGAUGACAUCUGCAAAAGAUUCAUGCAAAAGGAAAGAACAGAGAAGUAACAGAGAGACGGAGCAAGGAACUUAUUGCAGCUGUCAGUUGUCCGGGUGAAAAGGUGCAUUGGUGAAUAUGGUUUUAAACAGAAUUCUUGUUGCCUUUGUUCUUUACAUGGCUCUUCUGGGGGAAACUUUUUCCACAAGGGCUGAAAAGAUAAAUGUUGCUGCUGGCAAGUCUGUCUUUCUUCAGUGUCGAAGUAAAACUGACCAGAGCACUCCAAACAGAAUAGUCUGGAAACAUAAUGGAAGACUUCUGGUACGGAAAAUGAAACACCAAGUAUUUAAAGGUGAAAGGUCUGUAACAUACAUAUUGAAGGAUGAGGAGACUUUUUCUCUAGAACUGCCAAAAGCAGAACCAGGACAAUAUGUCUGUGAUGUGGAUGGAAAGCAGGUGGCUACUUAUGAUAUCGAAGUGUGGACAGUUACCGGAUCUAAAAGUGGAUACCUCCUGCAAGGUGAUACUUUAAAGCUGAGUGUGUCUCCUGUCAAAGAUGCCACGAUUGAAUGGUUUGAACCCUACAAUACCAAAGUAACAGGGAACGAGCCACGAUGGAAACGGCACAUGGGUAGCUUACAGAUAUUAAACCUUACAGUUCAGGAUAAUGGGAUAUGGAAAUGUCACAUCUCUCAUCCCGAUUAUAAUAUCAACCUCUCCUACAAUGUCAAGGUACUAGGUUUUUCCAAUCCAUUGGAUGAGUUCCAUUUUGCCACUAUCAACAGCAGCAUCCUCCUUUCCUGUCCUUUGAAUAUUGACCUGCAAGAAAAAAGAGAUCAGGAGAUUCCAAAAGUCCAGUCUUGGAAAUGGCUUAAGAAUAAUAUUCUCAUGACGGGGCCUUACAUAAACAACAAUAGCUCUUUCUCUUUAUCCAAUGUCCAUUCUGGAGAUGCUGGACAGUACCAAUGCCGUCUUGGAUUUAAACAUGGAACUUUGAGUAAAACCAUCAACCUAAUAUUUGUGAACGUCUCUGCUAUCCCUCCUGUGCUCAAAUCCAAAGAAGACAGUGUGACCUUGUGUGGUCAUAUCACUCCACUCCAUAUCAUCUCUCCACUGACUGAAUUGUGCUGGGUUUAUGUAAAUAAUUCUACGAGUGAACCCAAAUGUGGCUCUCCCGUUUCAGAGCAUAGAUUCUGUCACAUAGCUACAACUGAAGGACUCUGGAGGUGUGAUUUCAAAGUGAACAACGAUGUGAAAAUCAGUAUUGACUAUAUUCUGGGUAAGUUCCAAGAAAAGCUCUCAAAUGAGACUACUUUAGAGAAUACUUUCUCACUGAUCAAAAUAGCCUCAGGAAUUGGCGCAAUGCUUCUGCUGUUAAUUCUUGUUGGUGUCUGUGUACCUACUUGUAAACGUAUUAAGCAGAAACAGCAACAAGCCAAGAGGAUGGCACAAAUUAAGCAACAUUUGCUUGCCAAGAGGACAUGCCAAUGUCAGAGGGACCUACCUAAUGAUUACUACCACACCUGAAGGAGAAAAAAGCAGAUGUUGAAAAAUCACUGGCAUGACCAUUUACAAUCAUUGACAAUGCAGAGUUACAUGUCAUUCAAAUACUGCUGGGUUGCCUUAACUUUCUAUCUGAUAUCCAUAGUGCUGUAAUCAUUUGGGCAAGUCUGUAUUUUGAAAUUGUGGAGCUCGCAGAAAAUAUUGACCAAAAAGGAUUCACCUUAGUGAUUGCUUCUAAGUUGUCUAAUAGCCGACUACUCUUUGAACCAAUCUGCGGUUCUCUCCACUGCAACUGUAAAUGGACAAAGAUGUGUUGUUUGUUUUUAAAAUUCCUGACCAGAAAUAAAAUGUUUAUAUCUUUCCCUCCACCCAGCCCCACUGGUUAAUUCAUGUACAUGUCUACAGAUAUUUGUUUGCAUUUAUUGUGUAGUUUGCAAUGUCUUGUGAGAGAAUAUUCUAUCAUUUAAAAAAGCAAUAUUUUUAAAUGUAUAUUAACAGUCAUGAUAUAAUUAUGAUGCUAAUGGCUUAAUGUAUUUCAAAGGACACAUUCCUUUUUACUGUUUGGGAAAUGCUGGUGGUGGGUGGGGAGGAAGAGGGGCUUCUGCAUUCUGAAAAUUGCUUCUAAGUAGAGAAUUUCACUGAUGAGACACAAAAAUUAUUGGAAAACUAUUUCCAAUCUAUCUUGGAUCUUUCCACUGUUUUAUUUUAUUCCUUAGGGCAAGGGUCUCCAAACCUGGCAACUUUAAGACUUGUGAAGCUUUAAG